UCAUGUCUUCUCAGUCCCUCGCAGCAGAGUAUGUCCUGGUCGUUUAAUUCCUUUCUUGGGAUUGUCGAAAACCAGGUAAUCUAUGCCAGCUUUGCUACCACUGUCUACGUUCUACCACUACUCUGCCUGCCUGGUAUUGGUGCCUGGGCAGUGCUCCAUACGAAGGAGGUCAUCUCCACACUCGGCCGCGUAGGGGCUUUUGUCCCGCCGCCUAGGGCUGAAGCUGAAAAGUCCAGAGCUUCAUACCCCGAGCACAACGGUGCUGUCAAGAGUUACAGGAAUGGGGAAGGCCUGAAAUCAAGUGCUGUGUAGCCACAAUCAGCGGCAACUAAAUACCGAGUAUGUGAGGAUGGCCAUGUAGUUCAAAUGAGACAUGCGCAAACCUUGUUCCAUACCUCACUUAGCCGAAAGACCCGGUACUUUGGGCGCUGGGUCACAGCUCUCUAAGCAAAUCGACAUGUGAAGAUCUUAGCGACCCUUAUGGAGCUGAACCCUGAUUUACUACUAUGGGAC